AUGGCAACGCUGGACCAUUAUUGUUCGAGUGAUAAAUUUCCUCGCCACGAGAAUUGUCUGGCAGGCGCCGAAAGUUGGUGCAAAGCUCAUGUGUCUUUCAAGCAUCCUGCUCGAUUGAUUGACGAAAAUGUGGAGAAAAUUAUUCGUCCUAUCUACGAAGAGCUCUCAAGCAAGGAACUUUUGACGCGAUGCUUAGGCGGACACACGCAAAAUUCAAACGAAUGUUUCAACUCCACUGUGUGGCGCAUGAGCCCAAAACAUCUGAAUUCUGGCAAAAAAAUCGUUGAAAUUGCUGCGUACAUGGCUGCAGGAAUGUUCAACGAAGGAUAUUCCGCAGUUUUAAGUACCAUGCAGCUACUCGAUUUAAAAAUUGGCCAGUUAUGUAAGAUGUUUGCGGAUAACGUCGACGCACAACGGAUCAAGAGGGAAAACCGGCGUUCGUCUUAUUCUAGCAAGGAAGCUCGCACGGCCCGUAGACUCGACCAACUGCAUCAAAAUGAGUUUUUUGAGGAAGUUGAAGGUUUACUUUAUGGCGCAGGAAUAGCUGAUUAG